AUGAGCUCGAACCAGCUGAUCAGCGAAAAACAAGACAAGCCACCCGGGCUGGACUAUCUCCACCAGCUGAUAUCUUCCCAGUUCGACCUCAGCCCAUCCGGACCUAGCCUCGAAGAUGAGCAACUAAAAACAAACCCUGAACCAUCCAGUAGACCUGAGCGAUCCCCAGAAGAAAACCAAGGCAAAGUCGCUUUCAAGCUUUUCUCUGGGCAAAGCAACUUGCAAAUCAUAGACAUUUCUGCCAAAAAUGUGGACAAAGAAGUCGAGAAUCCACCCCCCAUACCUUACAUUCCGGUUGAACGGAUCAUGGACGUUGCGGACGAGCCCAAACACAAAAGGAAGCUGAGGAGGAAGCAAAUCGUGAGUGUUGCGGUCGACCUAGAAGGAAUCCGUGAACUGGCUAAGCAAAUCACAAACACAUGUGAGCGAAAACUGCUAUCGUAUCGGACGAGAAGCUCGGCACUCCAGGACAAAGGGACUCUGGCAAUAGUAGAUGACUUGAAGAACUCUCCACCCCAGAUGGCUUCCAGCUCGAUCACCGACGGAAUCAAAUAUCCCAAGCGUCGAACUCAGCCGAUACCCACCAAAGCAAAUCUACCACCAAGGAAGGCCAGCAAAACUGAGAAACGCAAGCGUAGGAGAGAGCGACAAAAGUAUCGCACAUCAAAUAGAAGUGGAGCCAGGACAACUCCCAAACCUGUCACGCUCACUUACAUCUAG